UCAAAAAAGUCCUCCAUUCUAGGAAUCGAACCGUCGUUCAAAUAGUCAGCGAUGGUAGGAAUACCGCUCCGCCAGCGCGUUGCCAGGCACAUGCACCCACAUGCGAUGGGGAGUUACACGAGAUCGAUCUCUUUUUUAAAAAUCUAUCCACAGCAUACCAUUAGAAUCUCGUGUAACUCCCGUUGAUAUACAGUACAUACAUGGAAACACGUGCUUAAUGAUAAAUAUCCUCAAUGCAUCCCCUCCUAUUGCAUUCUUUCAAAUAUAUAAAUAAAUCAUUCAGAUAUGAGCGCAGAUCGCUAGACUGGGGCAUGCGCGUCAGAUUUUUUUUUUUUGGUCAUUCAAAGGCUCCUUUCCUGCCGCCCAGGGAGUAUUGAUUAGAACCUUUCACCCCACCCCCGCCAAAACACAAACGCAUUCCUUGCAAACCCAUCACCAGCCCCCAUCUUCCCUCUCAGUCCAAAACGUUGCAUUUGAAGCCAACAGAUGGCCACACGGUUGCUACACAAACCUCGGCUCUGGUUUAUAUAUGAGUGGAUUAAGUCACACACUGACGGGCAUGCGCGAAGCGGGCGCGCGCACUCACACACUUAAGCACACAUUGCACAUUACAAUCAGCAGUGAGAGACUCUCAUCGACACCCACUUCUUCUGCUCGUGAAAGGGGACGGCCCUCCAGUUUCUCUCACACCACGUGGUUUCCUUUUUGCAAACAAAAAAAUUGACUCAAUUUUUUUUCAGGUCGAUUUUAUUUAGAGGCGGUGCCAGCGGCUGCAAGAAGGUCCUGUGACAGCGUUGGGUACGACUGUACGAGGUUUGGGGCAACGCGAAGGGAACAUUUUUUUUUUCUGAUCCCGCCAUACUACCCCGGCUUCAGUUUGAUCCGAGACGAAACUCUUCAUUUAAUAAUUUUCCAAGAGGGAGGUCUUACUAUUUUUUUUCCCAGUGGCUCAGUUUCUCAGAAGCGUCCACUCUUCGCCUUCCAUUCAAUUGAUUCGAACAUUUUCAGUUCCGCUUAACUUUUCGUUUGAGUUGUCGGCUUUGUGACACUUGCAUUUUUUUCUGAUUUGUUAUUUGCAAUACCUGUUUGUUGGACUGAGUCAGAAGAUUUGCUUCAACACCUCUAAACCGUUUCGGUUUUUCUGGGGGGGGUGACGAUCUUACUAUCCAACAUGAACAAGCUAUACAUUGGAAAUUUGAGUGAAAACGUGACACCAGAGGACUUAGAGAAAGUCUUUCAGGACUGCAAGAUUCCAUUCACCGGACAGUUUUUGGUAAAGACUGGCUAUGCGUUUGUCGAUUGUCCAGAUGACCAAUGGGCAAUGAAAGCCAUCGAGUCAUUUUCUGGAAAAGUGGAGCUGCACGGUAAACGCAUUGAGGUGGAGCACUCAGUCCCUAAAAAGCAAAGGACGCGUAAAAUUCAGAUCAGGAACAUUCCGCCCCAUCUGCAGUGGGAGGUACUUGACGGUCUGCUGGCUCAAUAUGGCACUGUGGAUAACUGCGAACAAGUAAACACCGAGAGCGAGACUGCUGUGGUGAAUGUCACCUACGGGACAAGAGAGCAGGCCAGACAGGCAAUCCAGAAGCUGAAUGGCUACCAGUUUGAGAACAAUGCCCUUCGAGUCUCUUACAUUCCAGAUGAACAGUCAGCCCAGCAAGGACAGCAGAGCCCAGACAAUGGCCGGCGAGCAGGAUAUGGACCCCGUGGGGUACCCCGCCAGAGCUCACCAGGGACUGUGGCUACUCCAAAGCACCAGCAUUCCGACAUCCCCCUGCGCCUCCUUGUACCAACGCAAUAUGUGGGAGCCAUCAUCGGAAAAGAGGGGGCAACCAUCCGCAAUAUCACAAAACAGACUCAGUCUAAGAUUGAUGUUCAUCGUAAAGAAAAUGCUGGAGCUGCUGAGAAGCCCAUCAGCAUCCAUUCAACCCCAGAAGGAUGUUCUGCUGCCUGCAAGAUGAUCUUGGAAAUCAUGCAGCAGGAGGCAAAGGAUACCAAGACUGCAGAAGAAGUGCCCUUGAAGAUUCUUGCCCACAAUAACUUUGUAGGAAGGCUGAUUGGCAAGGAAGGACGCAACCUGAAGAAAGUGGAGCAGGAUACCGAUACAAAGAUCACCAUUUCACCGCUGCAGGAUCUCACGCUAUAUAACCCUGAGAGGACGAUAACUGUGAAAGGUUCCAUCGAGGCCUGCUGCCAGGCCGAGCAGGAGAUCAUGAAGAAGGUGCGGGAAGCCUAUGAAAACGACAUGGCAGCAUUGAACCUUCAAGCCCACUUGAUUCCAGGAUUGAACCUUAAUGCACUUGGAAUCUUCCCACCAUCAUCUUCCUCAGUGCCACCUCCUCCUGGGAACUCGGCUUCUGCUGCCCCUUAUGGAUCAUUUGCGCAGACACCAGAGCAAGAGACGGUCAAUGUAUUUAUCCCAGCGCAAGCAGUGGGAGCCAUUAUUGGGAAGAAAGGACAGCACAUCAAACAGCUUUCACGAUUUGCUGGAGCCUCCAUCAAGAUUGCUCCACCUGAGUCUCCCGAGUCAAAAAUCCGGAUGGUGAUCAUCACUGGCCCCCCUGAAGCACAGUUCAAGGCACAAGGCAGAAUCUAUGGAAAACUCAAGGAGGAGAACUUCUUUGGACCCAAAGAGGAGGUCAAAUUAGAGACGCACAUCAAGGUGGCUGCCACAGCAGCAGGAAGAGUGAUUGGCAAAGGCGGGAGGACGGUGAAUGAGCUGCAGAACUUGACAGCUGCCGAGGUGGUGGUACCAAGAGAACAGACACCCGAUGAGAAUGAUCAGGUCAUCGUCAAAAUUAUUGGGCAUUUCUAUGCAAGCCAGCUGGCACAGCGCAGGAUCAGGGAUAUUCUGACGCAAGUAAAGCAGCAGCAGCAGAAAGGAGCAGGUGGGCAGCAGUCUCAGCAGCAGCACCAUCCACAGCAAUCCCACGUGCCACAGGAUGUCCAACAACCCUUGCACACUGUUCCCCAGCAAGUACCACCACAGACACGCCGGAAGUGAAGAGCAGGCAGGCAGCAGGGCGGCAAUGCAAUGAACCAGAGAAGGAAAAAUGACAAAAAAAAAGAGAGAACCCUGCUAGAGAGAUUUUGAAAGCAUAUAUAUAUUUAUAUAUAUAUAUAGAUAUAUAUAUAUAUAUACAUAGUGAGAGAGACGGAAAUAAAAAAAAAAAAAUAUGAAAACAGAGACCAGAUGCCAGGCCAGAGGGUGACUGGAAAUGCAUAACCCAUGCUGGGGGUAGUAGGUGAGGAAGGGGUCCAAAGGGGAAGGGGUUUUUGGGCAUAUUUGCCACACUGUGGUUCAGUGUAGAGACAUUGUCAAGUGAUGGGGAUGAGGUUGGCAGCAAAGGGGGCAUGUUGCAUGUCCUUCGGCGGCACACGGCACCUUUCCAAAUUCUCAGCUCCCCUCUCAAUAUGGGUGCUGGUGGUCUGUAAUAAGGUGGCAGCCUCUUUUUUUUUUUUUUUUUUUUAAACAAAACCGUGUGUGUUUUCUAGCAUGGGGGCACCUCAUCCCCCUUACUUCCAAGAGAGUCCAAUUAUGGGAUUCAUUUCCAGUCACUCUUAGUUUUCCAGGUCUUUUUUUUUUUUUUUAAAAAAGUAUAUAUAUAAAUAGAUUAAACUAUUAUAUUACAACAAAGAGGAAACCUUAAACGGUGGACCAGGGUGUGUUGGGUAAGGCGGAUUGCAGUUCUGUACUCCAACAGUUGGUGGUGGGGGGGGUGGGGAUGAGAACAAGCGAUUUUGUAGAAAAGCCUCUCCUUCCAUUAAAGGUGCCUUUUUUUAUUUUUUUAACUUAGGCAAUUCAAGCAGGGUGUAGCUACCCUGCCAUUGAUUAUGGGACGCGGGUGUCAAACCACCCCACCCACAACUACCUAAUCUUUAAUAAUCCAGCUACUCUAUAAACUAAACUAAAAAUUAAAGGCACCACACUACCCCUUUGCCAGGAGGCAUGAAAUUUACUGACAGGUUCUCAGGUGGGCAAUGUGAAAAGAUGCCCCACGAGUACCAGAGAAAAUAUUUUUAAAUGGAACACACUGAAGGAGGCUUUCUGUUUGUGUGAUGUUCUGGAAUAUCAUGCAUGAGGUAACAGUUAUCCAUGCUUCAUAUUCCACAUCCCCACCACCACCCCCACACACAAUGAGCUAUUUUUAAUCAAAAUAUUAAUUUUAGGGAAGGGAAAAAAAUUAGAGGACGGGGCCCAAGCCGAAAAAGGGAACGGGGAGGUGGAGGAGCCGGGAGGGCGAAUGGGGAAAGUCAAUAAAUUGUGUAUUUUAUCACCCAGGAGUUUUGAAUUGAUUUGCUCAGUUGGAACAACAGCUUGCUUCCGCCACCCAUGAUCGCACACCCAGUGCCCUUGAAGCACUGGUUUGCUAUACUUAAUAGCCCAGACAGAAAGAGAUUCCUGAGAUGAUAAGAGCCGGGCAUAAAGUUGGUUUCACAAGAUGAGAGAGGAAAAAUUGAAAGAAAAGAAAAACCUACCUCAAGGUGUAGUUACCUCAGUGUUUUGCUUUCUUUAUUUUUUUUUUUUGCUUGCUGGUAUUUUAUAUAAAGCUGAUAGUCUUGAAUAUUUUAUUUUUUUAAUAAAAGAAAAAGAAAAGAUUUUUUGGGGGUAAGGGGCAAAAGUAUGAUGAGAUGAGCCAAACGCCAGGGGCGUUUGUUGAAACAUCCGCCAGAGAGAUGACGCAAAACUGAGGAAGGCCACCAUUGCAUUCGCAUGGCAUGGGGCUCUUUUCUUUUUUUUAAAAAAACAAACAAAAGAAUGGUUAGUGGAGGAUUUUUGUUGUUGUUUUUUUUUUUUUUUUUUGGUUUUUGAAGUAGAAAUCGUUGUUGCGGAAGGACGUGUAAAAUAAGCGUCAGUUUGGCUGUCAGCGUAGAGUUUACAAGAUGUGUGGGGUGGAAAUGGGAGGCCAUCUUUACGUAUUUAUUAUUUGAAUCAUUGUUUAAAACCGGUGAAUAUGUGAUAGUGAUGAGAGGACGUGUCAAAGUGUUUUUCUUGCAGGUAAAGGCUGCUAAAAUGGAGCUAUAAGACUGCCAUGGCAUGCCACGCUACUAAAAUUUGGAAAGCGGAUUGAGGUGCAGAAAUUGUGGUGGGUGCGCCCUUAGCAGGAAAAUUUAAAUGAAGUCCUGGACAUUUUGUGCGUGGUUGUCUUUAAAAAUAGGUGUUUUUUUUUUUUUCAUUUCAUUGUUUAUUUUUAUGAGUGUUCAGGAAAUUUCCAUUUACCAGUGAUCUUGCCAAAUUUUACCUCUUGGAAAUUGACACGUUUUGUUAAUAUAGUACUGAAAAAAGCAAAAAACGCACUGAGAAAUUUCAGCUUGCUCACAAGGGCGGGCAAAAAGUGCAGCUCCAACUCCCAGCAUCACAUUUGCGAGGAAGCCAUGCGUGUCAGGGAUGAGCUGGAGCUCCGCCCCCUCUGCCAUUCUGUUUGCCUGCUGUUUGGCCAGACUCCCGCUGUGUGUGUGUGUGUGUGUGUGUGUGUGUGUGUGUUGCUCAGUAGCACUAAUGAUGGGCGGGGCAAGUGGAAAGUACAAGAAAAAGAGAUGGCUGGGGGCUUAGCGCUGGUCAUUUCCUAACAAUGUGGCCCUCACUUUGCAUCUCACCUGCCACAUUGACUGCCAUGUUGCAUAACUAGGAGGGCAAAUGCUCACCAGUUGUCAUGAACUGGACACUGAGUGCCAAACAGUGUUAUUUUUCCAUCCUCUGCAAUAAUGUUUUAUAUAAAAAUUAUAUAUAUGUAUGUGUAUAUAUAUAUAUAUAUAUAUAUAUAUAU